GUAUACCGAUCAUAUCGAAAGGUGGCAGAGACACCGGUUCAGGCCGGUUCAGUGAUUCGGUCUUGAAAAUCAGUCAGCAUUAAAUUUUUUCUUUUCUAGGUUAGGGUUUUAAAAAAAGUUUUUGGGUUAGGGUUUACUUUAGGGAUUACUGGGAGCAUGGGUUUAGUUCGGGCUUUAUUGUUUAAGUUUCAAUUUAGUUUUCUGCUGAUAUGGAUCCUAGCAGUACAAGGAGCUAGCCAGACCCAGACCCAGACCCCAUCAUUACAGUACGGGGCAAUCGUGAGGGGCAAUAAGAAUGAUCCUUCGUCUAUGUCCAGGUCCCCUUCACCUGCGAACGGCCUCGGACGGAGCUGCAACGUUGUUGACCUAUGUAGGCAAAUAAUUCUGAGCCUGACUGACAUCAAAGGGACUCGAGUUGAGACUGUUGUUAAUGUUACGAUGAGGGAGGGAACUUUGAACGGCAGCGUGGCGGGCUUGGAGGCAUUGGCUGCCGGGGCUACUCAUUGGUUUUAUAACAAAACCCGCUCCACUGGUCAAUUAAACUUCACAAUGGACCCAAUUUCCAAUGCCGUAAAUGCAUCGACAAUGCUAGACUUAGAGGCUGUUUCUCGAGGCAUUGUUCAUGCGAAACCGGACAUGUAUGCACCAACCUCUACUAAUGACUCGGACAUAGCUCCUCGGGUCGCCGGUUAUUUUGUGACAAAAGCUAAUUCGACUUCAAAUGUGGUGGAUUUGAGAUUCUACGCUAUUGAUGAAGUCAGUGUUGAGGAAGAUGAUAUGAAACUAGUCUUGAAAUGUGCUGAAUCUAUUUUACUCGCUGGGAAAGCUUAUUCUUGCACUUCGUUGCAGAAGUGCUGUUGAAGAAGUACUGUAAUAGGGUAUUAAAAAGUAUAUCUUUCAAGUUGAUUGAGUCUUAGUUUGAUUGAAAUGGUAUUAUUGCUAAUGCAGGAAAAUGUAAGUGCAUUGAAGUGCAUUAUUUUGUUCGAAAAGCCAAUUCGAAGUGCUGUUGAUGUAUUGUAAUAGGGUUUUAAAAAGUAAAUCAUUCAAGUUAAUUAAUUCUUAACUUGAUUGGUAUUUACAUUUUUAUUAAUGUAGGAGGACGUUAGUUCAAGUUUAGUAAAGUUCAUUAUCCUCAUUCGAAAAGCUUAUUCUUGCACUUCGUUGAAGAAGUGUUGUUGAAGUAUUGUAAUAGGGUAUUAAAAAGUAAAUUAUUCAAGUUGAUUAAGUUUUAGUUUGAUUGA